AUGCCUAAUCUAUCAACUCCAGCAUCCAGACAUACCCCGAUCCUCACACCCAAGGUGAUGGCCAUCACAGUGGUCAUGGCCAUGGCCAUUUUUGGGCUGUUGAUUAAUAGACAUUCGACCAUGACAGCAGCACAGAUUCCUGUUCUGAUGCCCAUGUCGGCAGUUAUCACCUCUCCCGGGCGUAACAUAUCGAUACCUGCGAGACCAGCGGCUUUUGGCCCCAUGUUUCCUAGUAAGAUAAAAGGAGAUCAGCCAGACAAUGAUAAUGGUGAUAAUGAAGGUAGUGGUGAUCAUGGGGGAGAUGGUGAUAGUGAAUUGGGUGGGUUUACUGGUUCACUAUCAGUUGUACAUUCGUUUGCAUGUGGAUCGGGUCAGGAAGGCCAGGGUCAAUAUGAUGAAGAUUACGAAGAUUUAAGAGAAAAGAUCGCUUUAGUCCAGCGAGGAGGCUGUGGCUUCUAUGAAAAAGUGCUAACACUCCAAUCAUGGGGCGCAGUUGCUGUCAUUGUAGGAGACAAUUUCUAUCAUCGUGGACUGGUCACUAUGUAUACAAGAGACGAGUUUGAUUCAGCCCAAAUUCCAUCAGCUUUUGUUUCCCGAGAAUCGUACGAUACGCUUUCUGGACUCGACACUAUCACCAUCACGAGACUGCCAGACUCGGCUCCUAUGAUGAAUACAGUAGUAUUCCUCAUGGUUAGUCCUCUGUGUUCUCUAUCUAUUAUUUAUGGCAUCUUACUUUUCCAUCGUCGAUACCGAUUAAUGAAAGAACGAGCACCCAAGUCGCUCGUGGACUCGCUUCCUACCCGGAUCUGGCAAAGUUAUAAUGCCACUGAUGAAGAGGACGAUGACGAGACUAGCCAUCUUAUCGCUAAUACUCAUGCUAAUGGAAAUACCGAUGAAGAUUCUGCUGUUUCGUCGACUGCUCUAUCGCCAAAGUCUAGUAAAGGUGCUUAUGAUAACGACAUGACCACCAACGUGUCGAACGUAAAUAGUGGCAGUCUGCUUCUAGCGCCCAAAAAACAAUCGAGCCCAUUAUCGCUAAUGAUUAGUCGACGGGCCAGCAUCACUCCACCGGCAACACUAGGAAGACCAGAGAAGAUAUGGGUGAGUUCGGGCGAAUGCAUCAUUUGUUUAGAGGACUAUGUAGCAGGUACCAGCAAAGUCAUGAGAUUGCCGUGUAACCACGAGUUCCACGCCGACUGUAUCUCUAAGUGGCUAAUAUACCGCAAAAAGACGUGUCCAAUCUGUAAACAUGACGUGACCAAACCUCCCAGAUCCGCUACUACCAUCAGCACUACCAUCACUGGCACAGGUUCGCAACCGGGUUCUAUCGACAGUCAUUCCGAACACGACAACUCUAUCGACUGGAACUCCCCGCCUCACAGCAAUCACGGCAAUCGCAGCACUAACGACAACGACAUACCCGAUCUCUCGCAUAUCUCCACACCAUCACCACCUCCACGACGACCCAAUACAACCACCGCGACCUCUGACACCUCUCUUUCCAACGAGACCACCGAAACGACUCCACUCAAAGGGAACAUCAACAGCAAACCGACUGAACUUCUACCGUGA